UCCGUCUUUUGGAUUUUGGUCGGCCACAAAGGUCUAUCAGCCGUUGAAAAUGGGUGCCUACCGCUAUAUGCAGGAACUGUAUCGGAAGAAGCAGAGCGAUGUUAUGCGCUAUCUGCUCCGCAUCCGUGUCUGGCAGUAUCGCCAAUUGACAAAAUUGCAUCGCUCGCCGAGACCCACUCGCCCGGAUAAGGCUCGUCGUCUGGGUUAUCGCGCCAAGCAGGGCUACGUCAUCUAUAGAAUCCGUGUUCGCCGCGGAGGUCGCAAGCGUCCCGUGCCCAAGGGCUGCACCUACGGCAAACCCAAGAGUCACGGUGUCAACCAACUGAAACCGUACCGUGGAUUGCAAUCCAUUGCUGAGGAGCGUGUUGGCCGCAGACUUGGUGGUCUACGUGUGAUGAACUCUUACUGGGUGGCCCAGGAUGCCUCCUACAAAUACUUUGAGGUUAUUCUGGUGGACAUUCAUCACAAUGCCAUCUGCCGUGACCCCAAGGUUAACUGGAUUUGCAAGCAUGUGCACAAGCACCGCGAGCUGCGUGGUCUGACCUCGGCCGGAAAGAGUUCCCGUGGUCUCGGCAAGGGUUACAGAUAUUCGCAGACCAUCGGCGGAUCCAGGCGUGCUGCCUGGAGACGCAAGAAUCGCGAACAUAUGCACAGGAAGCGCUAAGCUGCAAUUAUGUUUCUGUGAAAACAUUCUGAAAAAAACAAAAAACAUUUUAAAUACAUAUUUCAAAUUGUGUAUAAACGUGA